CUAGAAGAAGUGGUUUACAUGUGUUACUUGGAAUCCACGCUCCACCGAUGCUCGGUUCGUAUGUACCUUUAAUCCGAAAGGGUCACAAUAUUAUUAAAACGGACACAGUAACUGAUUGCGACAGCUGAGCAUAAUAUCUUACGUUAUCUGUUUUGUUUAAAUGAAUUCUAAGGAUGUUGUUCCCAAAAAAAUCCAUAUCCUGCUUACAUGUCAGCGUAUGCGUAUUAACAUCAUAAUGAUUACAGUCAACCCAAUCAAUGAAUUUAUCAGUAUACAGUAACGGUAUGCAGUUUGGGGACGGAAAUACUCAUUAUGUACUCGUACAGCAAGUAGUCUCUUUUCUGACUUAUUUGACGCUUUAUCUUUUUUUUCCUUUUUGAAGACCAAUGACAACACCCAAGAAGUCAGUGUAAAUACCAGUUACAGUGCACGCCAACAGAUGCGCUACACAAUAUGUUGCUACAUGCCUUUCCUGACGUCAAAGAAUGUGUUCUUACUAUUCCUACUAUUGUUCUUAUGGAAAACUUACAGAGGGUGAAGCAAUAAAAACCUCAUUACAAUGACUGUCUAAAGCUUUUUGGGAUAUUUUAAAAGAAUAGCAGUGUUUUCAGACACAAAAUUUGUUUUGAAGAAGUCAAGCGUAGUGUAAUGGGCAAUUUAUUAUCUUUAAAAGUUACAUGCAAAUCGAGUUGACUUACAUCUAAAAAUACUAAAAAUACUAAAAAAAGAUGGAAAUAAGGAAUUAAAACAAAGAAACAAACAAACAAACAAAUAAAUAAAUAAAUAAAUAAAUAAAUAAAUAAAUAAAUUCCGUGUGUGUCUCUAGUCGUACAUUUCAUCUGUCACCCUCAUCGUCUAGAUAUCCUGGUCACACGUCACCACAAACAAACAAAAUGAAGUAAUGUUUGGAAUUAAUAUGGAUUUAAGAAACUAUCAUAAGGAUGCAUCAUACAGAUACAAAGGUGAUACCAACAUUGGCCACAUACCAACCCUGUUGACUGAACGUCAUUAGAGAUCUAUUUUUAAACGGUCUUAUAUGCUAUAAGGGAAACGACUUGAUCCUUUAUGUUAGUUUAACGCAAGCUGCUGUCUACAACAAAUAUGAAAAUGUGUGGACCUUCCUUUGCAAGGCUUGUGAUUUUUGGUGCCAUUCUUACCGCCUAUACCGGUUUGAAAUAUGUUGCUGCAUUCCCGCACAGUCCUUACUGGAAUCCAUGGGGAUUGCCGGGGUUUUGGAAACGCUCCGAACUAGAAGUUGUUACUUUUAACACUGGGCUGCACGUCUCUGAAGUACCCAAGUAUGAAAACCGCCGAGAUGCAUUCCUGGACACAGUAACCAACGGAAACAUUCCUGGCGAUGUCGUCUGUCUACAAGAAGUUUGGGAAGCAGACGACUUACGCGCCAUCGUUAAUGCCGCCGUGUCGCAGUUUCCUUACUCCUACAGCACAUUGCACAUUUCGGACGGUGUUCUUUCUAACGCUUCAUCAACUCCUGCCUGCGAUAUUUCACUUGUUUCAAAUGUAGUUCAAUGUCUAUUGACCAACUGCUCAACUUUGAGUGGAUUACAGAACGUCAUGUGUGCCCUAACGACGUGCAGGGAAGUUUUUGAUUCUCUCUCGCAGGACUGCUUUUCGUGUCUCAAUCGUAUUUUUGCAUCGUCCCAAGUGGCCAGCUUGACCUUACCUGCUUUCCAAGCCAGGAUUCAGACUUGUCUUGCUACUCCUUAUCCGACAACCUUUGGAUUGUUGCUCCUCAGUAAAAAACCUUUGGUUGACCCUGAAGUAGUAAAUUACCACGGGAGAAAUUCCUUGAUAGUACCGAGAGGAUAUAUCAAAGCUAAGGUAGAAGGUUACCACGUGUUUUGCACACACUUGGUCUCUGAGCUGAGCAAAGACAUUUACCUUGAAGUUGGCCCCUUCACGAGCUUCAAGGAGCAGAGCCUCUUUGAGAUACAAUCUUUGCUUAAAGUUGCCAGGACAGAUUACGUUAAAAGCAUAUUAAUUGGUGACUUUAACGCUAAUCCAGCCAUCCCUGCUAACAAUAUUACCGGGGCUUUAACUGACACGUACAAUUUUGUCAGCCGGCUGUACGUCUCGCCGUAUCUGAAGAGGAUUGGAGAAUGCACCUUCUGUGGGGAGAAUCCUUUGUCUUCAUCGUCUCUAAACAAAUUGUACGACCACAUAUUUGUCCCAAAAUACAGCUGGUGGACCUGGCUGAGAGUUGGAGAUGUCAGGAGGGUCCUCGAUUCCAACAUAGCUAACCAGAAUUUUACUCUUUCUGACCAUUAUGGAGUGUCAGCCGUGAUCAGAAAGUGGUCGUGGGUGUGAGGAGGGUAAAACUGCACUUUUACUAGAUAAGACAAUUGUGUCAAAGCUAUCACCAUUUUUUUUUGUGUGUGUGUACAACAGACAGAAAUGCUUCAAGUUACAUUUUGUUGUGGAUGACAAUAUUGAUAUCGUAUUUCCAUUGCAUUCAUUCUUGGUAUAGGUUUAUUCAGGGGACCGAUAUCAUUAUCCACAAAAUCGCUGAAUAUUGGCAUACUUUUUGAUAAGUUUGUGUCAAAAAAAAAAAAAAAAAAAAAAAAAA